AUGGACGGAGAGCAGAGGAGGGCGCUCCAGCGGCCCGACGGCUUCCUGCUGGUGCUGGAGCGGCCCGAGCCGGCCCAGGACCUCUUCGACUUCAUCACGGAGCGCGGCGCCCUCGACGAGCCCCUGGCGCGUCGCUUCUUCGCCCAGGUGUUGGCCGCCGUGCGCCACUGCCACGCCUGCGGGGUGGUGCACCGCGACAUCAAGGACGAGAACCUGCUGGUGGAUCUGCGCUCCGGGGAGCUCAAGCUCAUCGACUUCGGCUCUGGCGCGCUGCUCAAGGACACGGUCUACACGGAUUUCGACGGCACCCGGGUGUACAGCCCUCCCGAGUGGAUCCGCUACCACCGCUACCACGGGCGCUCGGCCACCGUGUGGUCCCUGGGCGUGCUGCUCUACGACAUGGUGUGCGGGGACAUCCCCUUCGAGCAGGACGAGGAGAUUCUGCGGGGCCGCCUCUUCUUCCGGAGAAGGGUCUCCCCAGAGUGCCAGCAGCUCAUUCAGUGGUGUCUGUCCCUGCGGCCCUCAGAGCGGCCCUCGCUGGACCAAAUCUCCACCCACCCCUGGAUGCUGGGGGCAGAUGGGGCCACCCCCGAGAACUGUGACCUUCGCCUCUGCUCCCUGGACGCAGACGAUGGGGCCAGCACCACCUCCAGCAGCGAGAGCUUGUGAGGAGGGACCUGCACCUGGCUUGUGGGAGCCAGAGGGACCACCUGCCCCAGCCCCAGCCCCAGCCCUUCACAGGGCCUGUCCUGCUAGGGCUGGCUGCUCCUUGAGAAAGCAGUGACCUCUGACCCCUGGUGACCUUUAUCUUUGGCACUGGGCCUGUUUCCUUUGCUUUGAGUGCCUUUUCGAACGCUGCUCUCACGGGACUUGGUUUUCUCAAGCUCUGUCUGUCCAAAGACCUCCGGUCGAAGCAAGGUCCCACUUGUCUUGGGCGGGUGCUUGACCCCGAGACUGUCCCUGCCCUGUGCUUCCGGGAGGUGGCCCUGUGGGCCCCAGCGCCUCCCCAUCUGACCAAGUUGUACCAGGAGCGCUCUCAUGUCCUGUGGCCUCAACUCACUGGGGCACAGGGUCCCUCGUGCCCACCUCCUGCACCCGCCCUCGUCCUCGGUGUUCGUCCGGGCAUGUCUGUGCACAAGCAAUGCAAUGUUCAGGCCUCUCCUACCCACACUGGCGCCCCCGCCUGUGUGGUUUGCGAGCCUGCGAACGUCUAUUUAUGGUGUGACCCCGCGAGGGCUAUUUAUUGUUUAAUUUAUUUGUUGAGGAUCCCCCUCAGCAGCCUCCCUCUCCUGGGCCCCUGGGGGUGGGGAGGUGGUGGCUGUGUGUGUGGACCCCAGGUCCGACCCCACCUGCAUCUGUCGGAGGAAGGACUUGUACAGUGGCUAAUUUAAGGGGAGUGGGUGACUCCGCCACCUUGGGGCUCUGCACCCUGGGGGCUGGGUUUUAAAUUAUUGACCUUGUACAGUCUGCUUGUUGGCUCUGGAAGCUGGGGGGUGGGGGGACAGAGUCUCGAGCUUUUAAUUUAUUUUAGUAGCUGUUUCUGUGACCUGGUGUGCAGGCAUCAGGGCGGGGGUUUCUUUCGGUUUAAAAGCAAGAUGUCUGGAGACCAUAUUUUUUAUACAGGUAUUUCAAUUAAAUUGUUUUGUAUAUA